AUGGCUUCCCCGCUGAAGCUAGAGCAAGACGUGCAGGGGAAAGUAGAUUCGUUCCGUGCCCGUAUCGCACAGGAGGCCGAGGAUCUGGUGUCCACCUUCUUCCCCCAGAAGUUGUCAGAGCUGGAUAGCCGGGUCCAGGAGCUCCGGCUGCAAGACCUGUCCAGAAUCCGUUCGGUGCCAGCCCCGGAGCCGCCCGCCACCCCAGACACCGCGGGGGGUGGUCCCAACCGGGAUCCUCUGCCUCUGCAGACCCAGUCUUCAGUCAAGGUGCCUGGUGGCGAGGGACGUCUUCUGAGGAGCAACCAGCAUCUGGUGGAGCUGAUUGAACGGGUAAAACCUGAGAUUGAGCUGCUGAGAGAGAAAUGCAACACUGUGCGGAUGUGGGUGCAGCUGCUCAUCCCGAAGGUGGAAGACGGCAAUAACUUUGGAGUGUCUAUCCAGGAAGACACCGUGGACCAGCUAUGGACUGUGGAGAGCACAGCAGCCUCCUACCUACGCCGCUUCUCCACCUACUAUAACACCCGGGCCAAACUGGUGUCCAAGAUAGUGAAGUACCCCCAAGUGGAAGAUUAUCGCCGCACCGUAGCAGAGGUCGACGAAAACGAGUACUUGAGCGUACGCCAGAUCCUGCUGCAUGUGCGGAACCAGUAUGCCACCUUGCAUGAUGUGAUCCUCAAAAAUAUUGAGAAAAUCAAGACCCCUAGGAGCACCAACACCGACAACCUGUACUGA